GCCACAUUGCCUUUCGCACAUGGUUUCUUCGUAGGUAAAUGAUCAUACUACUUGUAAGAACUAGUUUUUUUCGGCAGCAGCUCCUCGAGUGAUAGUGGAACAAGUACAUAAAGAAAAAUUCGAAAUGUUCAGAAACCUGUGCCCAAGUUUUCAAGGGCUACGAUCGCGGACGAAUGUUUACCGAUGGAACCACACAGUAGCGGUCAAACAAGCCCUGCAAUACAAGAAGGGUGACACGAUUGGCGGGUACACGGUGCGUCAGGUUGAAGAAGUGAAAGAACUGCAUCUCGCUGCUGUACGACUGUUGCAUGAAAGAACAGGCGCUGAUUUUCUCCACAUCGCUCGUGAAGAUCGCAACAACCACUUCAGUGUUGCAUUUUCAACGCUGCCAACAAACAGUACAGGUGUGCCUCACAUCCUUGAACACCUGACAUUAUGUGGUUCGCAAAAGUACCCUUGUCGCGACCCCUUCAUGAAGAUGCACAACCGAUCAUUGGCUACAUUCAUGAAUGCGAUGACAGGUUGUGAUGUCACAUUCUAUCCUUUUUCGACGCAAAACAUCAAGGACUAUGAGAAUCUUAUGAGAAUUUAUCUAGAUGCGGUGUUUUUCCCACAGCUGGCCAAGUUGGAUUUCAUGCAGGAGGGAUGGAGGCUAGAGCAUACUGAUCCCAAGGACAAAUCUUCUCCCAUUGUCAUCAAAGGAGUAGUGUACAAUGAAAUGAAAGGUGUCUUUUCCAACUCAAGCAAUGAUUUCAACCAGGCCAUUGUCAACAAGCUGUGCCCAAGCGGUGUGUAUGGCCAUGUGAGUGGUGGUCAUCCUCUUUCGAUCCCUGACCUCACCUGGGAGCAGCUCAAGGAAUUUCAUCACAAGCACUACCACCCAAGCAAUGCCAGGUUCCUCACCUAUGGUAACUUUCCUUUGGAAAAGACACUGUCACUAAUAGAUGAGUUGGCCUUGUCAAAGUUUGAGAAAAUUGAUGGCAGCUCUGUCGUGCCUCCUGAGCCAAGGUGGAAAGAACCGAAAAUGGAGACCAUGACUUGUGUGCCUGACCCACUAGCUGCAAAUCCUGAGAAGCAGUCAACAGUUGCAGUAACGUAUGCGAUGAAUGAUGCCACAGAUACUCGGGAGUCAUUUGCCAUGUCAAUACUAAGUCACCUCCUAGUGAAUGGACCUAACUCGCCGUUCUACAGAAACUUACUUCAAGCAGGAAUUGGAGCUGACUACACGCCAUCACUUGGAUACGAUGCCAACUUGAAAGAAGCAUUUUUCUCAGUUGGCCUGCACGGCGUGAGUAAAGCUGAUAUAGGCAGGGUGACCGACAUAAUCCACCAGACAUUUGAUGAAGUUAUCAGCACUGGAUUCCCCAAGGAGCGCAUUGAUGCAGCCCUUCACUCUGUAGAGCUGAACCUGAAGCAUCAGACAUCCAACUUUGGCUUGCUUCUGAACUAUGCAACAGUUGGCCUCUGGAACCACGGGGGUGACCCUGUCAGGUCCCUCAAGGUGAAUGAACACGUUUCCUGGCUGCGUGAGCAACUGGCAAGCAAUCCACGCUUUUUCCAGGAGAAAGUGCAGCAAUAUUUUAAGGACAACAAACAUUGCCUGACACUAGUCAUGAAUCCUGAUGAACAUCACGAAGAGAAAAUUCGGGCCUUGGAACAAAAGAACAUAGACAGAAAGCUGGGGGAACUGGACAGUGAAAGCCGAGCCUCAAUUUAUGACCAGGGUCUGAAAUUGCUGGAGCACCAGUCCAAGAAGGAAGACGAAAGCUGUCUGCCCCGCCUUCUCCUCAAGGAUGUUGCCCCAACUAUCGAAUUGACCAAGCUGAACCACAUCAAUAUGGGUGGAGUAAAAGUGCAAACCACGGAGCAGGCCACUAAUGGAGUAACCUAUUUUCGGGCUGUCCUCAAUGCCUCGCACUUGCCUCCUGAAUUGAAGCGCAUGGUUCCACUCCUGUGUGAAGUUCUUACUAAAAUGGGCACUCAAGACAAGGAUUACCGCCAGUUCUCUCAGGAAGUCGAACUGAAGACAGGGGGACUCCAUACUUCUGUGCAUAUCUCUCCUCACCCAACUGAGCAUGGUCGUUUUGAGCAGGGAGUGCUGUUAUCAUCGCACUGUCUGGAAAAGAACACAGAAGCAAUGUUCUCCCUCUGGAAAGAACUCAUCCUUAGGUUGAAACUGGAAGAUGAUGAACGCCUGACGCAGCUGGUUCAAAUGUGCGCAGCUGGCUUGGCACAAACACUGGCUGACUCUGGCCAUCAUUAUGCCAUGGCACAAGCUGAGAGCUACCUGAAUGCCUGCGCCCAACUUCAGGAAGAGUUUACGGGUAUUUCUCACAUAACACAAAUGAAGACCCUAGCUGAAGCUGCGAACCUCAAGUAUUUGUUGCCCCAGUUGAAAGCCUUGGCAGAUGCCUUACUCAAGAAGGAUUCUAUGAGGUGCUCGCUGAAUGCCAGUUCAUCUGGUCUGUCAGCUGCUGAAAACUGUCUUGAUGGCCUUCUCUCAUCCAUUCCUGGUGCGUGCACCACAAACUGUCCAGACUAUGUUGAAGAGCCAGACUUCUUUGCCAGAGAACGCAAGAUCCACCUGGUAUUUCCAUUCGGUGUCAACUUCUGUGCGAAGAGCUUCAAUGCGGUGCCUUAUAGCCACCCUGAUUUUUCUAGUCUUCAAAUUGCAUCUCAGUUGUUGUCAUUCAAGUAUCUUCUGCGGGAAGUGAGGGAAAAAGGUGGUGCUUAUGGAGUGGGGGCGGUUGUUCGACCUGGUGGAUGCCUCAGCUUUUAUUCAUACAGGGACCCAAACAUGGAGAAAACGUUGGAUGUAUUUUGCGACUCAGUUGCAUGGCUCACAAAAGGAGUGUUUACUGAAGAGGAUCUGGAAGAAUCAAAGCUGUCCUGCUUUGCAAAGGUUGACAAGCCUAUCACUCCAGGUGACCGUGGGGCCGCAACAUUCCUGCAUGGAGUGACAGACGAGAUGAGGCAAGAGCACCGGCAGAGGAUAUUCGCCUGCAGCAAGGAUGAAAUCAUCUCAGCAGUCAAUAGGUGUGCUGGCGAAAGUGGGUGCACAUCAAGUGUCGCUGUCAUUGGCCCUGAAAAUCAGUUCACAGAGACUGGGAAACACUGGCUUGUCCACAGAGAUGGCAGUAAGAAGCCUGGAGAGGACCUGCAAGAAGGCAAGAAAGCAGAGCAACCAACCGAAGAGUCUGCCACCUGCUCAGGAAGAGGUGCCUCAGAUUCAGGAAAUGACAGUAGCAGCAGCAGUGACAGUGACAGUGACUCCAGCGAUAGUGAAAGCACUGGGGACACUGAAAGGUUUCUGCUAAAGGUUAAUGGCCUUCCCAGAGACAUUACUACAGUGUUGGUUGCCAAGCAUUUGAAGAAAGCAGGCAUCAAGGUGUCUAGGGGUGCUGAAGGUGUCCUCCUGUUGACUAGAAACAGUCAGUCGUCUAAUAGAGCAUUCGUUCAGGUGGCAUCAAAACAGGACCAAGAGAGGGCCUUAAACUAUGCAUGGGGAAAUUCUCAGUUAGCGGGUCAGGCUAUAAAGGUCGCCCGGGCUCAAGCGGAUGAUGUUCGUCGCUACGUCAUGACAAAGGCGCCUUCGCCGAGCGCACUUAAGAACAUAAUUUCUAGCCGUGUCGUGCAUGUUCGCAACCUUGCAAUGAACUUGCCAGAAGAAAAACUGAAGGAGUUUUUGUCCCAUUGCAGAGUGACUCGAAUCGAUCGCGAACGAUUCGACUCGAACAGGGCUCAAAGAUCAGCGUUCGUCUGGUUCGCUACCACUGAGGAUGCCCAAAAAGCCUUGGCUAUGAGUGGAAAAGUGCUGAAUGGGAUGAAGAUGGAGCUGCGGUUAGUCUCGGAGGAUUACGCUGAGAAGCUACUCAAGGGAGAGCUUUCGAGCUUGGCAUCAUAUGCAGACAAGGCGAGUUCGCGAACGCAAGCUCGCACGAGUCGACUACUUCGCCGAAACCCAGUUAAGAAGUCUAGUGAACAUUGGAUUCCUGUUCAGGAGGUGAAAGAGCAAGACAUCGAUAAAGUAUUGCAGUCAUCGGAUGGACAGUACAGAGUCAUCGCUGAAGGUCUUCCCUUUAGUGUCACGCAGAUCAGCAACUUUUUGUGGCCCUCAAAGCCGACCGCGGUGGUUCGCAUCCUACAUGUGAGCAGUAAACGGUCGGCUAAAAUGAUGCUUUCGUUCGCAAGUCUUGCGGACGCCGAACAAGCUGCCAAAAAGAACGGUCACUUGGUCUUUGGCCGCCGCGUAAAAAUAACACUCGUAACUUCUGACAUGCCCUGUGGGCACGACGAUGGUGUAGCCGCCAAAACGGUGGAAUCGCCGUCUUAGGCAGCAUCGCGAAGAAAAUUUAGCUGCCAGUAGUUAGCUUUGGUUUUGCUAUGUGGUGAAAUCGAAAAUCUUUUUUGUAUACAUGGGGACCGCAUUUAAUUUCCCAGCGAUCAACCAGUGCACUGCUAUAUGGCAAUUGGUGCCGGACGCACACAGUCCGAGUAUAGCAUUUAAAUAACUGAGUAUUGUGGUACUUAGUCGAUUAUAGAGGCUUUUAACAAGCUACCGAAACACGUUACGGAAUUACGACACAGUUCCUUUCCGUAUGGGCAUACAAUGGUCACGCAUGAGCAUUCGUCAGCCGGUUCCGCGUUGCCACCUUUCCGUAGCUUGCUGAAAACCUCCAGUGUAAUACGCAUACGCUAUUUGUGGCCUAGAUCAAUCGCCUCGGACAUCAUCAUUUCCGAACAAAUAUAUACAAAGGCCGGACCUAGUAUGUUAACCGCCGCACUGUCUAUGUGCGCUCAUAAAGCAGACUCAUGCAAGUGCCGGCGUUGGUGUGCUCACGGGAAUCAACGCUAGCUGUACGAAUACAACGCUCGACUGAUGUUAUAUAUGUUGUGCAACAAUGUUUCAUGGACGUUUCAUCAGUGUUUUCGAAAGUCGAGCUGGACGGAAUGGUGUGGUUUGGUGAUGUGUCGCGCUUUUUGUGUGCAUGGACUGCAGAAAUGUCCUUUGUUGUAUAGUUUAUGAAAACCGCUCUUGUCUCGGACAACCACGUGUUCCUGCCUUGUGAAGUCUGUCAGUGGCUUAUUUCAUAAUCCUUCUUCGACACUUCAAACCAUGUAGAUAAAGAUAAAAGCGUUAAUUGUUUUUGAGCCAUUGGUCCUGGAUAGAUGGCGUAUCAACAUAUUGCCUAACUCGUUUGGUCAGUCCUGAAGCUGGCUCCAUGUCAUGAUGUACAGCAGUUGUGCAACCAGCCCGCUAGCGUUGUUUCAAAAUAAAGAACAAUAAUGUAUUUCUUUGCAAA